AUGGCAUGGGCUUUCACUUUGACUCAUUCAGAUUCAUUUAAUAACAUAGCUCUGCUGAAUGCUGGUGUGAUUACAACGGACUACAGUAGGAAGUUCAAAGACAGACUGAAGCUGGAUACUCAGACUGGAUCUCUCACCAUCAGAAACCUCACCAUCAACGACUCUGGACUUUAUAAAAUACUUAUCAUCGAUACACAGAGUUCAUCUAAGAUUGCAAAUCUAACUGUCUAUGACUCAGUGUCUGCUCCUCACAUCAGUCACUCAGUGGACAGUCCAUUUGAAAAAGUGAGCUGUUCCUUGGUGUGCACUGUGAAGAACGGGAGAGAGGUGAUCUUGUCCUGGUACAGAGGAGAGGAGAUAUUCAACCAGACCAGCAGCCCUGAUCUUCUCGCCAAUCUCUCUCUCCCUCUGGAGUUAAACAAAAUAAAUGUUGACACCUACAGCUGUGAGGCUUCCAACCCUGCUGACUCAAAACCAACUCCACUCAACAUUGAAACGCUCUGCCCUCAAUUGUCCUCACGCUCUGCCGUCAAAGCAAGCUGA